AUGUGUCACGCUGGCAUUGAGGUGGGAGCUGGUAGCCCUCCCGCCAAGCCCUUCCCCGCACCUUACCGCGUUGCCUGGCCCACCCUACCUUCGACACUGCGGCAACGGCGGCCGCGGCCGCACACGGCCAGCAGCUUCAGCGGACCAGCAGCAGCUGCCGCAGCACCGCAGUGUCUUCCCCCUCCCCACCUGUACCGUCGUUCCUGCCAAUGCGCGGCCCUGUCCGGCGGUGCCGGCGGCAGCGGUGCCGUAGCGGCCCCCAUAGUGGAGCCCGCUCGCCUGGUGUCGGCGCUAGAAAAACUCGCACGCGUCGGCCAGGCACCUCAGCAAGCCUGGCUUGACAUGUACUUGGCCGUCAUUGAGCCCGUGCUCCCGCAGUUGUCGGUGGGGGAGAUGGCGACGCUUGCACGGUCACUGGGGCGUCUGGGGGUGGAGGUUCCGGAGCCGUGGGCUCGGGCACUGCUACAGGCUGUGGGAGCUGAGCUCUUAGCGUCCGAGCGUGCUGAUGACGUGGCGGAUUUGUUGGUCUGGGUGGCGGCGGAUGUACGACUAGUUCCGGAGGCAGCGUGGGUCGGGGGGGCAUUGCAGCAGAUCCAACGGCUUUUCCUUGAGCGACCGGACAGCCUGAGUCCCACCCAUGCGGCGGACGUGGCCUGGGCGGUUGCCCGGAUGGGCUACCGACCCGCCGACCCGCUACUUGACCUUCUGGCGCUUGCAACCCUCAGCAUGUCGUACAGCUACGGCCACGACAGGGACGGUAGUAGCAGCAGCAGCAGUACGGAUCGAGGUUGGGGACCGAUGGAUGGUCGAGGAGGUGAUGGCGAGCGACCGCGACGAGGCCGGACAGGGAAGGGAUCCACCACUCGCGAGGCCCUGGAUCCAGAUCCUCCUGGAGAUGAUCAAGAUCUGGAUCUGGGUCUGGAUUUCGGUGGCGAUGAGGCGGCGCGUGCCCUGUCGAACCUCCCCCCCGAGCAACUGGCGCGGCUUGCAUGGGCGUUUGCGUCGUACAACUACUUUCCCCCCGACCAGUGGGUCCAGGCCUACUGGCUAGGCGGAAUCUGGGUCGGGGGUCUCAGUCCUGAAGGCGCCACUGCCGUACUGUGGAGUCUGGGUUGCAUGCAGCUGCCCCUGGAGGGACACUGGCUCCAAAACUACUGUCUCAUGCGCCUCAACGACCUAACUUGCAACUACCUGCCAACCGUCAACGGCCCAACCUCUCAGACCACUGGUCGGCUCCACGAGGUCCCGCCGGAGGGCCUUAUCAAUGCGCUGUGGGCGAUUGCCGCUUGUCGGGAGGUGGCACGUGCGGCGGCGGACAGCGCCACCGCAGCGGCGGAUGUACGACGGGACGAGCCCGCGGCCGGCCCUGGCGGCAGCGACCCCACGCCCGAAUCCGGGGGAGCGGCUAUGGCUACGGCUACUACGGCUGGGCAGGUCCAGGAUGAGGAGGAGGAUGAGGAGCAGCGGCGGCAGCGGCUGUUGCAAGAGGCGGGACUGGAGUACGCCGCCGGUGCUGAGCUACUGCGGCAGCAGCUGGAGGCGUUCUUGCGGCUCCGUGACGGCGGGGCCGCCACGCCGGCGCAACGUGAAGCGUUGGCGUGUCUGCAGGAGGCCCUGGAUCGGCGGCUUGCAGGUGGCGACGGCGGUUCCGCCGCCGCCGCCGCCGCUACUACUACUACCGCCGCUGCGGCGGCGGCGGCUGUCGACGCGACUCUGCCAGCAGCGUGGAUGACGGAAUGGUACGAAGCAACACUGCCGUACUUGGAGCCGCCGUACAUGGACCGGACGCUGGUGGUCAAGGCGCUGUGGGCUGCGGCGUCGCUAGAGCUGGUGCCGCCGCCCAGCUGGUUGCGGCGGCUGGCUGCAGCGGCGGCGGCGCUGCUGACGGCCGGCGGCGCAUUUGAGCCGCUCGAACUCCUGUACGCCAGUCGCAGUGCGGAUGCAUUGCUGGCGCGACGUGUUGUGAUGGCAGGCCAGCGGCGGCGGCUGCAAGGACAAGACCCGGGAAAGGAGUUAAAAGAGGUGGAGGAGGAAGAGGUGAAGGACCAGCAGCAGCAGCACCAGCAGCAGGAGGAGGAGGAGGAGGAGGCAAGACUGGCAUUGGGUCGCUUUGCUUCGGAAAGCUUCGCGGCAUUGGGUCGACAGAUGCAGCUGCCAGCGUCCUGGCGCCGCCUUAACCCGCGCUUUCCGCCGUACGCGCAGCCGAAGCCCGGGGCGGAGGCAGGGCCGGGGGCCAGUCCCGGGGCGGUGCCGGGGAGGGUGUUUCCGACAGGGCCAGUGACCGGGGUUGCGGCGGCGAGAGGUGUCCGUAAUGGUGGCGGUGGUGGUGGCGGUGGGAUAACGGUAGUUACCGGGGCUGGGGUACUGCGCCCGUUCCAAUGA